UGAAGGGAAGAAGUGUUGUUUUUCGGGCCAUAAACGUCGGGUGUCUUUUAGUAUGUCACGAUAAUAAGCCAAAAACUGGCUUAACGAAGACGACCACCAUUUAGCCGCUGCUUAAAGACGAGCAUUAACAAGCGAAAAACAGAAUAAUAAUAAUAAAAAAAUGACUUUUAGACUUUUACUUACCUUUAGUUGCCUUGUAUGGACGCAAAACCUCAGUGCCAUUGCGUAUGGCGCCAAUUUAUUGGAUAGCUACUUGCCAGCGUCUAUGCAAGCUCUGGCCUAUUUCAUAGAUCAUUUGCAAUAUGAGCCCUUAUCAUCGACCACAGUGGGGCCACCAUUCAAUUCGAAUGAGUCAGGGGACAGCAAUAGAUCUAGUUCGACGACCACAGGACGACCACCCCAUACUACAGCUUCAUCUACGGCAAGUUGGUGGAAUCCGCCUUCUUGGUGGGGAGCUGGCCAAUCAACAACGACAACGGCGAAACCUUUAAACCUACCCACGCCUGUUCAUAAGCCAGGCUUGUAUGCUCCCGAAACCCCCUCCAAACUGCGGCAGGAACCAGAGGGCUAUGACAUAUUUUACGAAUUGGGUAGUCGCCCCGAGGGCUUUGCCAAUUUGCCCUUGUCUUUGAUACGGGACAUUAUCACCGAACCAAAUCAUGAUGAUUUCAAUAAUGAUGUCGAGUCUUUGGAUAAUUUUCUACGUCUUUACGAUGACAAUUAUGGGCGAGCCACCAUUGAUUCGGAUACAGCCAUGGAUCGUUGGUCCACCACCUCGACGGCUGGAAAAAAACGUGUGCCACCCACCAAGCCCUAUGUGGAGUUUCUACUUGUCUACGAUCUUUUGAAACGUGAUGCCAAAUCUUCGAAUCUCAGCAAAUACGAAGGAUACUCCGAGGAUAUACUGCUUGAUCUCUACGAGUUGUCGAAAAUGUCUUCGGCCCAUCAACUGCAUACGCUAUUCAAGCGUAUGUUGGAUCGCCGUGAUAUACAGCGUAGUGAUGUCGUCUCCCGCAUUCAGGGCAUAGUAAAUGAUCUAACCGACCCCAAUAGUCCCACGGUCAAGGCUCUUCAGUUUAUUCCAGCCAUGCCGUUUUUACCUUGAAAUCUUUUU